AUGCAUAAAACAUCCUCAAAUAUAGAAAUAUUAAGAGUGCAAGCAUUAUCAAUUCUAUGUAUGCCUCACCCUUUUCUUGAAUUUGAAGGCUUUGCUCCUAUGCAAAAUAAAUUUGAUACGUAUUGUUGCAGCAAACAAGAAAAUGACAAAGAAGAUUUUCUUGAUUUUAGUGGCUUUGCUCCCAUUCCAGACAAACUUGAUACAUGUUAUUGUACCAAAAAUCAAACACACAACAACAUUGAAGAAAAUUUUGAGGAGGAAGAGUUUAGUUUUGCAUGCACCAAUGUCCAAGGAACAUCUAUAUUUGCCGAUGAGAUAUUUGAAAAUGGAAAAAUACGACCAAUAUUCCCUAAUUUUGAUAAAUUUACCCUCUUAUUGAAUGCACAAAAUAAUGAUGCAUCACAUCUUCGACCACCGUUAAAGAAGAUUUUUGUUGAGAUAUCUGAAAAUUCAAACUCGAUAUUGAGUGGUGUUUCAAAAGGACCUCAUAAUGAGCCCUUGAAAAAUAGGACAAUGGUUGAAAUGAAGGCUGUGAAUGAGAGUUACGAAAAAAGUAAUUCCACAGGGUCCUCAAAGUUGUGGAGAUUUCGACAAAACUUGAACCUUCGAAGUAACAGUGACCAUAAGGAUGCUUUUGUUUUAUUGAAUCCUUCAAUGCCAUCAACAACCAACAAGCAAAAGGUAGAAAACAUUGUUGUCAAAAAGAGAAAGGAAGAUAUAAAUAAAUCUACAUUAUCGGCUUACGAGAAGUUUUAUGUCAUAAACAAAAUGAAGAAAAAUAGCAACAAACGAAGAUCGUUUUUGCCUUACAAGCACCAUUUACUUGGGAUCUUUACCAACAUGAAUGGAUUGAGUAGGAACCUACACCCCUUUUGA